UGCGAAAUAAUUACUUUGCGCGGUGCAUAAUCAAAACAUAGUUCAGCUUUAUAUCACUUCAAUUUAUGUAAAAAUGUGGAUGAAAUAGGGAUGAACUGUUUCAUGACAAGUAUAUGACACAAAAUAAUAGGCCUACAUGACGUCAACGUUACCAUGUUUAAAUAUCAUUAAAGCUCGGAUAGGAAUAACACGUCCCUUUGAAUAAUUUAGAAGUACGUAGACGUUUAAUGAUUCAUUUUGUGCGCGUAACAAUCAAUCAGAAAGAGCAGACACUUACAGUUUAGGUAAUAUUGAUGUAUGUGUACAUAUACAUGUGAAAUAUGUUGACGUGAAGUGUUCCUCAUAAAACCACUUUAGAUAAUACGUAAUCAAAUAACAACUCUCUUUUCGACUUUUUGUCCACCUACGUGUGCUAGGCUUUCGAUCUUGUGUUUAAUCUUAUAUACAUUGUAUUUUGUUGAAAUGCAUUUAUUUGUGCGAGUUUUUACAUAAAAGAUGACAGUACUAAGACUUGCUGUAGUGUUGCUAUAUUUCUGUUAUUGUGUAGGACAGGAGCAGCAAUGUUCCCGCUACCACUAUGAAGAACAGAUAUUGGCAAAGGUUGUAAAGCUUGAACACAGACUUGAACUGUUGGAGGCUCGGAAUAAUAUUGGAGGUCAAACAGAUAACUCGCUUUGUCCGGAUACGUGGAUACGUUUUCGAGGUUCAUGUUACCUUUUCCCACGAGGAGAUGUCAACUUUUCCGCCGCAGAGUACUUCUGUGUCCAGCAUGGUUCUCAUCUAGUGCAUGUUGAGAGUAAAUCAGAAAACAACUUCUUGAAAAAUCAUAUGAGAGAUAUGAAAGAAUCAAAUUACUGGAUUGGACUAACUGAUACUGAUGUAGAAGGCACCUGGGGAUGGUCUGGUACAGGAACAUACGCGCUGUUUACAGACUGGAGCAGUCACAGUCCAAAUAAUCAUGGUACUUUUGAACAAUAGCACUUUUGUGAGCCGAAGUGUUGACAUGGAUCAACAGGAGACUGCGAAAACCAGUCCUUGGACGCAUUCUUGUAUUUCCGUUUAACAGCUUUCAGUACUUUGUCUCUAUAAUACUUUCCAGUGACUGACUUUCUUCACGGUGUAGGAAUUUGUACAGCAGUACCACUUGAGUUAUAGAAGAUGGAAAACAAAACAUUUCUGACACUUUUAGUUCUUUUUACAAAUACUGUCUGUUGACAAUACGACGCUGAAGCUCAUGAAAAUAUAUCCAGGUCUCAUCUCCUGUACGCAGCUGUGACAUGGUGGAUCAUCUAAAUUUGAGAACUAUUUCAUCGUUUCUUUAGCACAUUUAAUCCUAUUUGACUUUUGCUCCGUAGUAAGACAUCGGGCACAAACCUUUCUUUAAGUUUUUGUUUAAAAUCUCAUGAGUUCUCCUCUUUGACAUGCAAAAAAGACGCCAUCUCAGACACCGUGUACCUUGCGUCUUCAUCAAUCAGACGACAUACAGCAGCAAUAUAAUUUGACGUCACUGCCUAGCUAUUUUUAAGUGUACGUACCCACCUGUAAACAGUGUUCACCCAUAAUGCAGACUUAUACAUGAAGAUGCAGUUCAAUGAGUAUUUCUAAAGAACGACGUACUUUAAUGUACGCUCUAUUUUCAGAUUUUCAUAGUCACAUGUAUUUUUUAUAUACGGCUACAAUUGAUACCAAAAAUUAUUGAUUACGAUAUAUCAAUAAACCGUUGCAGUAUUAUAAAGGAGUCAUGUAUCUUCCAUGUAAAACACGUUUUUCUUGCAUGUCAAACGUCUACGGAAGCGCGCGAUUGUCAUUAUUUUCAGAAUGGCCCA